UUCGGUAGCUAGAUAGAGCGCCGAGGUCGCUACGAAGGGCUGAGAGAGAAAAAUAGCGGUGAUGUCCCCAUAGUUGAAAGGGCUCCCCCUUACGAGACAGAAGGAGACAUUGGAAUGGUCGAACCCUCGGCAAGUAAAGUCACCUGCGAACAAACGACUCAUCUUCCCCUAGCCGAUCGUGACACGGCUGGCUAGCACCAGCGCGCACCCCGCGACAUAACACGCACGGCGGCGUGAAAAGAAACAAUUCUCUCUAAACACUGAUGCUCCAUUGAUCACAAAAAGACGGUAACGAUUUGACACUCUGUGGUGAAUUUGCGACAAACACUAUCUCAUGGCCGGCCUUCGAAUCCUACCCAACGCGGAAACCCUGUGACAAUAAUUCGGCCAGCUUUUUUAUUCCAGCAGUCCCGGGACUUUAUACCUCGACGCUUCGUCCGACCGGCCGACGACGACGGGCUCCGACAACGUGAGAAACUUGCUCAUAUCCCUUGUCAUCACCGAGAUCAUCUCCAUCUAAAAGGACAUGUUCAUCGGCACCUGCCUGAGCUAAGCGGUGUUUACUAGUUUAUCUAAAUCUACGGUUACAAAUCUCUACGGCUUCAUGACAGGAUUGACGAGAUAAUUAAGUCGCGUCUUCCUGUUCUCGUCAACGAACGAACCCCAGGGAUUCUUAUAUUUUGCUUACAACUUACUUUUUUCUUCAUCUGCUUGCGGAAGCCCAACCUAGCACCACGCGACUUCACGGCGAAGGUUACGGCGUCGACAUGGCGCAGGAACGUUCUGAUUUGAUCGCCCACCGGCCGGGUUUCAGCACGGCCUCCGUCGGGGGCAACAGCUCGUUCUCCCCGGCGACACGGCUAUCGCAUACCCCUACAACCACGGACUUCCAACCGCCGUACUUUCCUCCCCCUUACAACAUUCCCCAGCCUCAAUCCCAGUUGGAUUUUCACCACUCGCAUGUGAAUGCUGACCCUUACUCUCACCUGAAUCCCAUACAUCCCCAGCCGCAACAUCAAUAUCAGCUCCACCCGCAACAGCGGACCCAGCACAUGCUCGGCCGCCGGGAGGAAGCCGACCAUCUACACCUCCAGCACCCUGGUAUGCAGCUACCAUCGGCUAGGGACUAUUCAGCCGUGCGUCGCCCCGAUGUUUUAGUACACGGAGGACCACACGGACUCGCUCCGGAACAAACCGAUCUCAUGCUACACCAUCCCACGGGUCUUCAUCCUAUGGACGAUGGCUCGAUACCCACGGAUGAACGUUUCUCAAGGUUAGCCCAGGGAGACUAUUUCACGAAUAUGAGGGCGCUUUUCCCGGCCAAGGUGAGAAUACAGAUUACUAAUCAUAAUUUCUAGGGAAACUAAACGAAUUUUAACAACCAACCAGACAUGGUGCGAUUUCAAUGACAGCAUGUGAAUACUAGAUGUUUAGGUGACCACAUCUCCUUAAUGAAAUAGGCUGAUUGGGGAUAAUAAUUAAAGAUUACAAUUUACAGACAUGGAGGGAAAUACUUAAUUUUACUAAAUGAGGGGUUCCUCUAACCUUGCUCAUGAUGUUAGCAGUCCCGGGAAUACAAGACUUCACGUUUUUGUCAAACUUAUUUGUUGUAGAUUGAUAAACUAACUGUAGAUUAUCGUUUUGUCAAAAUGCUACAUUGUCUGUCUGACAGAGCCAUUCACGUCACUGUUUGAGCUCGCGUGGGCCUUUGUUUUGAGAUUGAUCCUCGUCUUGCCCCAAUUAGCCGAAAUAUACAGACUUGAUUUUUGUCUCAAGGGUCCCAUAGGUUUACGCGCGUGCUGGGUACAGCUCAAUAUCUCACGUGUUUAGUAGAAUGUGCUGUAGUAGAGUUGAUUCGUCGAGAUGACAAUUUUCACGCCCAACCUCUUCCCCACUUUUCCGGCUGUGAUGUAAUGCCGAUCUAGUCAAUAUCCUGCGUGUAUUAUUGAAUCUGUCUCGCUGGGGAGCUGGGAUGCGUUCAUCCUUGAGAUACCUGGAAAUAGGUUAUGCAAAAGCACGUCUAAGGUGCGAGCACACCUGUGGAAUUCCUAGUUACCUUGAAACGGAAAGUCUGUUUAUACCUGCGACUGCUACGCAAGACAUGAUGAGAAAAUAUUUAUAUUCCGUGCGUGAAAUUGAAAUAUAUUGACACAUUUUAGCAGCUCUAUAUUUCUCGGCAAUCGAUCAAAGACCAUUAGCAUUAUUAUCUAGACUCCUGUUUGCUUUCAUAGAGUUUUUUUAUGGGCAAGAAUACGGUUGGUUUAUUGUAGACCUAUUCUUUCCUUUACUUGUUUACAAAUGCACUAAAAGGCGGAUCGAUCAUUGAUACAGUCCAAUUUUAUAAAAUCAACACGUUUGCAAUAAGUAACAGGAAAAUAACAGUGACCUGGUGAGACGUUGAAGGUAGUGCCAGUAAUUCUCUAAAUAUCGGUCUCUGUCUGUUUUUUCUGUCCCCCUAUCUCUCUCUCUCUCUCUCUCUCUCUCUUCCAUUGUCUUAUCAAUAUCUCUCGCUUUCAUUACCAAUGUAUACUGUCCUUAGAUGCAUCCACUACAAAAUAUUGAUAUCGACAAAAUUAUGAAUAAAUACUUAAAAUUAAUUACAUAAAAUAAGCGCCAUGUACUCUAGGUGUCUGCAUGGCCCUGCUUUUUACUGUUUUAUCCAACCCUCCUGUAUUCUUACAAUUUUUCUCCUCGAAAUGCUGUGUUUAAGAAUCCUUAUUAUUCACUCCUCACCCUCUUAUACCACUUUCCUUACCCCCCCCCCCCACACACACACAAGCCCCUACUUAUUUCCCACCCUGAAAAUACGAUUUGACAUCACCAGUAGUCGGAGUCGGUAGCCAGGUUGUCGCACAUGAGGGCGGCGGCUGAUGGACAGGAUUUAAGCUAGAUUGUCGGACCACCAACCGUACGGCUUUCUGGGGUAUUUUCUCUCUGCCUGUUUGUUCUCGUUUACCCUCCUUCUCUUCUUCCCUCUCUCUCUCUCCAUUGACUUACCAAAGCAUCUGGAUAGUUAACAGGUAAUGACAAGAGCCUAUGAUGGAGGAGAUGACGGAGUAGCCGUCUUCUACCCCUCUACCAUCAUCUGCAGCCGGUCAUUUACCCCUCUCCUACCCGCUCUCCUUAAGUCCGACCUAAGUCUAGAGAUGAAAAUUAACCACACUGGUAAUACGAAAUUGGUUAAGUGAUGGACAGGGGUGGAAAACACCAAUAUCUUACCCCUCCUUCAAAAGGGAACAUCCAGACGUUAAUGUCAAUUGUGGUGUGUUGUUUAUCCUCACCAAAACAUACGAAGAAUAUAGCUUACCACCAUUAUCACCAUUCUGUAAACAUCAUGUCAGCAUUUGAAUACUUCUUACGCGGAAUGAAAAUAAAUAUAUGCCUUGGGAAUUACUACUUAAUUUCCAUCUGCGAUUGUAUCUAACUAUCUACUUUAUUAUUAUUGUUUAAAAUCAUGAUCUUAUAUCUAUGGCUUGAAACACUCACAAUAUGAUACGA